AUGCCCAACGAGGUGACCGAGGGCUACCGCUACCUGCCCUUCGGCGGCGGCCGCCGCAAGUGCGUCGGAGACCAGUUUGCGCUCUUCGAGGCUGUGGUGGGCCUGUCCAUGCUGCUGCGGCGGUUCGAGUUCGAGCGCGCGCCGGACGCGCCGCCGGUCGGGAUGACGACAGGCGCCACCAUCCACACCACCAACGGCCUGUGGAUGUCUAUCAAGCAGCGGCAGAACAAGCCGCCCGGCCCGCCCGCGGCGGCGACCACGCCCCUCGCGCCCGCCUCUAAGGCGCCGGCGGGACCGCCCGUGCCCGCGCUGGCGGCCGCAGCGGUGGCGGCGGCGGAGGCGGCGCCGGCGGCGGCCGACGGCAAGGGCGCGAGCGCUGGCGGCUGCCCGUUCGCGGCAGCGUUUGGCGGGGCAGGGCAGCAGCAGCAGCAGCAGCAAGGCGGCGAGGCAGGCGCCGUGGCGGCUGCUUGA